UCAUCUCAACACUCCAAGAGACCAUAAGUACAUCCGAGACAAUAAAUUGCAAAAUAUUUAAACCAUAAGAGGAAAUUAAGCGUUACCAAUAAUUAGUUUCAUAUGUAAGAAAUGGAAAAAAAUGUUGCAAUUGUUGGGGCAGGAAUAAGUGGCCUACUUGCCUGCAAAUAUGUUCUACAGAUUGGUUUUCAUCCAAUUGUCUACGAAGCUGAUGAUGACAUUGGUGGAAUAUGGAGACAUACUAUUCAGUCUACCAAACUCCAAACCAAAAAACAAGAUUUCCAGUUUACAGAUUUUCCAUGGGAUUCUUCUGUAAAAGAAGAUUUUCCAAGUAAUCAACAAGUGCAAGAUUAUCUUAACUCCUAUGCUCAACAUUUUUCCAUCAUUCCAUACAUCAGAUUCAAUUCAAAAGUCAUUGAUAUUGAUUAUGUUGGGGAGUCUCAUGAAGAAAUGAAGACAUGGGAAUUGUGGAGUGGUAAUGGAAGUCCAUUUGGUUCUAAGGGAACUUGGCAUCUAACCGUAGAAGAUACUAAGAAUUUCACCACCGAGGUUCACAAGGCUGAGUUUAUCAUUCUUUGCAUUGGAAAGUAUAGCGGCUUUCCAAAUAUUCCUAAGUUCCCCCUUGGAAAAGGCCCAGAAGUGUUUAAAGGUAAAGUUAUGCAUUCUUUGGAUUACUCUGCCUUAGACAACAAGGCUGCGGCUGAAAUGAUAAAAAACAAGAGAGUUACAAUAAUAGGCUCAGGGAAAUCUGCUCUUGAUAUUGCUGCUGAAUGUGCAAAUGCAAAUGGAGUCACUUAUCCUUGCACAAUUAUCCAAAGAACUACACACUGGUAUCUUCCAGAUUUUAACGUUGCGGGCAUUAAUCUUGGAUACUUAUAUUUCAACCGUUUUGCGGAGCUUUUAGUUCACAAGCCUGGAGAAUCAUUCUUACUUAGCCUUGUGGCCACUUUACUUUCACCAUUGAGAACGGGAAUUUCAAAACUUGUUGAAACAUAUUUAAAAUGGAAGCUGCCACUGAAGAAGUAUGGGCUGGUACCCGAUUACAGUUUUCUUCAAGAUACCUCUACAUGUCGAGCAGGGGUGCUUCCUGAUCAUUUUUUUGACAAAAUAAUAAAAGGAUCCAUUAAUAUAAAGAAAUCACAAAGCUUUAGCUUCUGCAAAGAAGGUUUAACAAUUAAUGGAGAAGAUAAGCCCCAAGAAGCAGACCUAGUUAUUCUUGCCACGGGAUAUAAAGGUGACCAAAAACUUAGGAGCAUAUUCAGAUCUACUAUAUUUCAAAAUUAUAUCAACGAGUCAGCAGACUCAAUGGUUCCCAUCUACAGGCAAACAAUUCACCCUCGAAUUCCACAAUUGGCAAUAAUAGGAUACGAUGAGAGCUUAUCAAAUAUUUUUUCUAAUGAAAUGAGAUGUCAAUGGCUAGCACAUCUUUUGGAUGAAAACAUUGAACUUCCUAGCAUAACAGAGAUGGAAAAUGAUGUGAAAAUGUGGGAAGAGAACAGAAAGCAACAUACAAAUAAUUUGAAUUCAAGAUCAUGCAUUGUUACGUGUGGGAUAUGGUAUAACGAUCAGUUGUGCAAAGACAUGAAAUGUAACCCGAGAAGAAAGAAGAGUUUUUUUGCUGAACUAUUUGAACCAUAUGGCCCCAUUGAUUACAAUGGUCUUGUCCGUAAGUGAAUGAAUACUAAUGUAAAAUGAUGUAUAUGUUGGUUAGAUGGGCUCAUGCUUAUAAGUUACAUCUUCUGUGAUUGUAAUGUACAAAAUAAGUGGGGUGGGGAAUUAUCCAUCAAUAUUACUGCAAUAACAUUCAUAAUUUGUAACAAUAUAUAUAAUCCAAAACUGUAAUAGAAUAUGUUAUAUUAUGUCCUCGUGAGCUUAGCUCAGUUGAUAGGGACAAUACAUAAUAUAUGCAACCACCACCGAAAA